CUCAGCAGACGCCUUCCCCCGUUACCUCCUCGGAGUGAAAGGAAUCCGGAGUUUUAUUUUCGUAAUUCAGUCGCUCUGUAACUUCCGUAACCCCGAGAUUUGAGACUUUAACACCGCCAAGAUGUCGUAUAUGCUCCAGCAUCUACACAAUGGCUGGCAGGUCGAUCAGGCCAUCCUCUCCGAAGAAGAUAGGGUGGUCGUCAUACGUUUCGGUCACGACUGGGACCCAACCUGCAUGAAAAUGGAUGAAGUUCUGUACUCUAUCGCUGAGAAGGUGAAGAACUUCGCUGUGAUGUACCUUGUGGACAUAACUGAGGUACCAGAUUUCAACAAGAUGUACGAGCUGUACGACCCGUGUACCGUGAUGUUCUUCUUCCGGAACAAGCACAUCAUGAUCGAUUUAGGGACCGGAAACAACAACAAAAUAAAUUGGGCGCUCGAAGACAAACAGGAGAUGAUCGAUAUCGUUGAGACCGUGUUCAGGGGCGCCAGGAAAGGUCGAGGUCUCGUCGUAUCGCCCAAGGAUUACUCCACGAAGUAUCGAUACUGAUUCUCGACUAUGAUUGUACAAAACAGAAUGUGUAUAUGUAUGGCCUAAGAGAAUAUGGU